GCGUCCGGAGCACGCUCCAUCCACAAUUAAAAUCAAACGAGAGAGCACAAUUUCACGGUAGCAACAAUGGCGAAAUAUUUUAAGGAAAUUGAGAUCCCAAGACAAAAGUACUUCGAUGCCCUUCCUUUUCCUUCCGUUGUUUCUCCAAACACUUCCCUAUCAUUUCCUUCCUCGCUUUCUCUCCUCACAGACGCCAUUAAAAAUGAGAAACCUUACCUCGAUUCUUUACUACACAAAACUGGAGCGAUUCUCUUUAGAGGCUUUCCCGUAAACACCGCCUCGGACUUUAACGACGUCGUGGAAGCAUUCGGUUUCGAGGAGUUACCUUACGUUGGUGGCGCCGCUCCUCGGACUAAUGUCGUCGGCCGUGUCUUCACUGCCAAUGAGUCCCCACCUGAUCAGAAAAUACCUUUCCACCAUGAAAUGGCUCAGGUUCCUGAGUUUCCAUCCAAGUUGUUCUUCUUCUGUGAAAUUGAACCAGGGAGUGGAGGAGAAACUCCGUUAGUUCUAAGCCAUAUAGUAUAUGAAAGAAUGAAAGAAAAGUAUCCAGAUUUUGUUGAGAGAUUAGAAGAGCAUGGUUUGAUCUAUAUUCGAGUAUUGGGUGAAGAUGAUGAUCCUUCAUCUCCAAUUGGCCGAGGAUGGAAGUCAACCUUUUUGACCAAAGACAAAAGCGUGGCAGAAGAAAGAGCAGCUAAGCUAGGAAUGAAGUUGGAAUGGUUAGAAGAUGGAGUGAAGACAAUAAUGGGUCCAAUCCCAGCUAUUAAACUUGACAAGUCAAGAAAUCGGAAGAUUUGGUUCAAUAGCAUGGUGGCUGCAUACACAGGAUGGGAAGAUGCAAGAAAUGAUCCUGUUAAGGCAGUAACCUUUGGAGAUGGUAAACCAUUACCCGGUGAUAUCAUCUACGACUGUUUGAAAAUCCUAGAGGAUGAAAGUGUUGCCAUUCCUUGGCAGAAAGGUGAUUUUCUGUUGAUAGAUAACUGGGCUGUUCUUCAUGCCCGGAAACCCUUCAAUCUGCCUCGUCGAGUACUAGCUUCCCUUUGCAAGUAGUUUCCUUAUCACCAUGCUAAUAGCAAGGAAGCAACUAGUGCAAAAAAUAAGCUUGUACCACCAUCAUAUUAAAAAUACCAAGAUGUUGAAUUCAGAUGCCUUAGUUCUUCAACUAAAGGUACUUAAUUAGGUAAGUCGGUUGGUUGGUUAUGUAUAUGACCCGCAGAAGCCCCAAAAGUGUUCGGUAUUUACAAAUCUGUACAACAAACUUAUCUGUAAUGCCUACAAUUUUCAAUUCUAUCCAAGUUAACAAA